UGCUUUAGAGAGAUAACGGGUAGGAAAUUAAAUAGUGUAGUAUUUGUUGACGGGCAUUACUCAAUGUUGUGCCGUGAGUUAAACAGAACGAAAGAAACCUAGUUUAAUAUAAUGAAACUUGCAUGAAAUCGGGAUUAAGGCUUCUAUGAAUAAAACUGGUUAAUUGUUAACGUUUGUUUCAAGGGUGAAGGACAAACAAAAAUGUGUACUAUAGUUAAAUAAACGGACUUUCGGAAAAUCGCUUUGAUGUGAACACGACUCGAAUGAACCGCGCUCUUGGAAAACGCAUCUUUAUGCAUGUGUGUUAAGUGUAUUCCCAGAUGAGCCUGUUCCGUCCGCACAGGAUAUCAAGGACGACACUUUCCGCCCGUGCAUUGAUGCCCUGACCUCUCCAAAUACUUCCGGUUACACAGUUCGGCGGACAGAUGCUUGAGGUGGCCGGGUACGGACCUCUCCCGCACCGGUUCCCCGCCAUGCACGACAGGAACGCCAUGGUGCUGGGACAACAAGACCGGAUGACGCCGAGCGGGACUCUAACCCCGCUACAUCCGGUUCCUCCCCGUGAAUUACAACAUACUUCCGUGAUUAAGAAGCUAGAUCAUUCAGUAGAUUCCAUCAUCCCAGUCAACAGGAGCGAUGGAAGUUCCCACGUAUCAGCCUGCGUGGACUCUACACCUAGACCCAUGUAUGAGACGCGAGUAAGCGAUGCGUUCAUGGAGGACGAUUUCAGUGACCACGACUCUCAUUAUUCUGAAGAUUUCAUGGAGGACGAUGAUGAUAUGGAAGUUGAAGAAGUGGCGCCUACCCCUGACAUUACUAAACAGCUUCUUAACUUUGCCACUAUGGUAAGUACGGAUAUUCAGAAAUUCUUUGGAAGAAAGAAAGGCGAAGAAGAUUCCUGUGAUAUUUACGAAGACAAGUGGGGCUCCACGAAGUCGGGCAGGGAGUUGUACUAUGCUGAUCUCAUGAAAAUUGUUCACGGGGAAGAUAAGGUCGGGAAAAGCAAUGGUUCGUCACUUCUUGAUAUUUCAAAUUCGGUUAGUGAGAAAAAUGACAAUAGGGAUAGCUUUUCCGGAAAACCGGACAAGAAAAUUGGAAUUGGUCCGCUUAAUGAUUUGUUUGAAUACGGCCUGAGGCAUUUUCUUACAGACAAAAAGUUGAAGCAAUCUAAAGAAAUAAAGAAGUUAAAAAUAGAUCCUAAGAAAUUUGAAAAUGUUGCUCCCAUGAACACUAGAAAACUCCCAACCUCGUUUUGGAAAGAGCCCGGCACAGAUUCGCGCGCGUUUGUUCAAAAUGGCGGAAACUCGACUGUUUUGCAGACGAACAAUCCACCGGAUUUUAGUGACUUGUUGGAGAGUUGGAGGCUGGAUAAAUUUAACGGAGAUAUCUCUUCGAGUGAAGUCAGUAUGUCCCCAGAAUCGGUAUGAAAUAAUGAGUAAAGUCACCACAUUGGCUGUGGUUAUAUGUCACUUUCAUUUAUAAAAAAAGGUUAUUUCUAGGUAUAUACUAAUUGCUAUUUAGAUUAUUGCUGUGUUCAUUCAGUUAUUUUCUUGAAAAGUUAAUGGAGACUAGAAUUGGUAUUACAUUAUUUCAACAUGAUUAUUUAAGAUCCGAUCUUUGUUUUGUUUAUGUUUUGUCAUUUCAUCUAUAAGACUGUAACUAUAUAUUUUUUCAUCAUAGUUGAUUACAAGUGCUAUACGAGACUUUAAUGCCUGUAUAAAUGUGAACAAUGUAAAUAGUCUAUUUCACGUGUAAUUUGUUGUUGUUGUUAACCUUAACUUGUAUUUGUAGCACGUGUACAAAUGUAUAAUUAUCUGUUAUUAUGUGAAAAUAGGAAUGUGAGUCCGUUCCUGUAAAGUCGGGACUGCGCUGGAAAACAGAUCUGAGUUUAAUCAGCUUUUAUUUCGCUAGGUUUUAUUGUUAUGUAUCUAAUUAAAAAAUAAUGUUAUGUAAAUGUAUUUUUGUAUUGAAAAUGGAAUGAAUUUCCAAUCUGAUGUUGUAAAAAGAAAUCCCUGAAUUAGUUGGUGUUAAAUACAUUUUAGAUAUGUGGACAUAAUCAUUUAUUCUAUGUUAUUGUUUAUUAAUACAUUUUAGCCGUGCUUUGUGAAAAGGGGGCUUAAUGAAUGUGCGUAAAGAGUCGUCCCAGAUUAGCCUGUGAAGUCCGAACAGGCUAAUCAAGGACGACACUUUCCGCUUUUAAGAUAUAUUUUAUUACAAGAAAGUAUACUCAUCAUGCUUUAUACGUAAUGAAUAAAUAUAAUAAAUAUCUAUAUCAAUAUAAAAGUAGUAAAUAUGAAAAAAAUGAGAAAAAAAAUUCCAAUACAAAAUAUAACCAAUGCGUACAUGUUUCUUUAGCAUUAUUGUAUUCUUUAUAAAAAAUCAUGUUUUAUACACAUUUUGUCAGAGGAUAUUUAAAAUAUUUUUCUUUAAACUACAAUGCAAUCAGAUGAGUAGAUUGUUGGCAUUAAAUUGUUUUCUUAAAACAAAAAACGGCAAAAAACUGGCGGAUAUUCAUGUUAUGAUUAGUGCGUUGUUGUAUUUCGACGUUUUGGAUAUGUCUGUUCUGUGUACAUACAAUAUUUGGGUCGGUUAACAGGGUAAAAUUGUACUGUAUCUGUUAUUUGCGAUUAUUUUGUUAUGUAUAGAAUGACAAAUAAAUUCGCAUAUGCUUA